UUUUUUUUUUUUUUUUUUUUAGAACCGUUUCUGUUAUUUUGGGAUUAAAGCAAUGGCUCUAUCCCAGAUCCAGUGCAUGGAUGAGAACCAUGUAAACCCGCGGAUCCAUGAGUCCAAAGCAGAGUUCUUCUACUGUGAGGAGCAGCGUCUCGCGCUCGAAGUUCUCCUCCGGGAUGGUCGCGAGGCUUUCCUGAAGUACCUGGAGUCUCGCGCCCUGCGGGGUUUCCUCUCCGACCUGGAGCAGGAGGCUCUGACCGCCGCUUUGGAGCCCUAUGACCCGGACACGGAGCUUUUCUCCGGGGAGGCAGAGGACGAGCAGGAGCGGCUGUCGCUGGAGUACUGGCCGGAGGUCUCAGACAUCUCCAUCCCGCAGAUGGACAUGGGUUGGCCGGACAGCGAGUCCUACAGGGGGGUGACACGGACCUGCGUGUACACGCAGCCUCCCAUGGAGGGUCAGGCUCACGUUAAAGAGGUGAUCAGAAAGAUGAUUGCACAGGCGCAGAAGGUGAUAGCAGUGGUGAUGGAUGUCUUCACUGACAUCGACAUCUUCAAAGACCUGCUAGACGCCGGGUUUAAAAGGAGGGUGUCUGUUUACAUCCUGCUGGAACGCACAAUGCUACCUCAUUUCCUGUCAAUGUGUCGGAGGGCCAACAUGCAUGCUGGGCACCUCAAGCAUCUUCGUGUACGAUGCACAGCAGGCGCAGAGUUUUACACCCGGCAUUGCACCAAGGUCAAAGGGCAAAGUGGGCACCGGUUCAUGUUCAUUGAUGGAGACAAAUCUGUAUCUGGGUCAUACAGUUUCACAUGGACGUCAUCACGGCUCGACAGAAAUCUCAUCACUGUUAUCACGGGCCAGGCUGUGGAUGCAUUCGAUCAACUUUUUCGCUUCUUGUAUAUGAAUUCUACUUUUGUUGACCUUAGGCAAGUCCUCACAGAGCCAGAGCCUGAACCAGACACUAGACAUCAGGUUCAAUCAUUGCCCACCCCUUCUCCUGCUAUCACUAGAAAACUCUACAACCCCAAAUACGCCCUUGUUGCUUUAAAUAGCCCUACUACUGUCGACCUGAAUGGCAAUGAUAGUCCAAAAGAACCUGAACUCUCAGAAGAGUCCAAAAAUAAGAAGAAGCGAAAAAGAAUACAUGGAGAUCUCCAACAGGAUCCUCCUCCUCUCCAUCCCGGACUAAUAAAUCUAGAGAAAGCCCAAUUGAUCUCAUACCUUCCCACCUGGCCAGAGCCGGAUCCAUCAAACGACGUGAUAGGGUUCAUCAAUAUUCGGGAUUCUAAAAAACCAACUCAAGUUCAUCUGCAACGCUCUGAGAUGUUUGAAACAAGCCAAGCAAUCAAGUUUAGCAGUCCAUUCAGCAAGCCACAGGAAACUUUGCCAGAGGUCGCAAGACCCCGAAAACAAACUGCACAAAGUGAAACUAAGACUGAGAAUUUGUCGGUAGAUAAAGCAAAGCCAGAGCAGAAAAGCAUAGGUCUUGUUGACAGCAAUAAUAAAGAAAUAGCUCCUGAACAAAAAAUACCCUUUGAUAAACAAAAUAUAAAUUCUAAAAUGGAUGAAACUAAACUUCUUCAAACAGAGGACAAACUUAGUUCAAACAAUAACACAACUCCAGGUUUAUGUCAAAUGGACCUUAGUUCACCCGCACUACCCCAAGCUAGUGUUGAAGCACAUGCACCUAAAAAUGAACAACCUUCAGAUGAAACUCAAAUUCACUCCACAACCACUUUGUCAGAGCCCUUCAAAGACUCUACAUGUGUACAAGAAUCAGACACUGUGACUGUUUUACCAGCACAAAAUGAUUCUGUGGAUCAAAUAAACACCCAGGAGUCAAAAACUGCACAGAAAUCUCACCUUCACCAACUACCUCUCCUAAAUACAGAAGGCACAGAAGAAGAGCCUGUUGUAUCACAUGUUUCACACACUAAUGCUGUGAGUAUGAAACCCAAAAUCUCUUCUGAAAAGACUUGCAACCUCCAAUACCCUGAUGAACCCAAGUGCGCUGCUACCGAUUCUGUCUCUCCAAUGCAGUCUGAAGUGUUGCCUUCCAAACCUAAACUUACAACCAAAGCUAGUUCUUCUUAUACUUUUCCCUCCACCACCUCACCCUCCACCCUGUCUCCCUCUACCUUAUCUGUUCCAGCAUUGCCUUUACUCUUGUCCUCUACAUCUUCUUCUACAAAUUCUGUUACUCCAGAAUCUAAAUCUCUUACUGACCAGCUGUCUAAAAAAGAUAACAUCAAUAGCAAGACAACACCAGAGAUCUCUGCUGUCAAGAGAUCUGAGAUCAAUUUAGAACAACAAAUUGAUAAUGAUGAGUCGGUUCUUGAAAGUUUGGUACAAAUAUCCCCAGUGCAAAUUCUUGAGAGUGUCCCAGUACUGCACAAGGACAUUGCUAGUGAAACAGGAGAUCAAGAACACACAAAGCACUCAAAUAUUUCUAAGGAUGCCAAACAUGAAACAAAGACUGUCACUUCCCACAAGACGACGGAUAAGGAAGCUGAAGGAAAACACAACGGCAGAGCAGAAGAGCAGUCCGUCCCCAGCCUAGAAACACAGUCCGAUGUUUCAAUGCAAGAUGAUUCAAACACAACCAUCUUGAAUAUUAAAAAGAUAAAACCAGAAAAUAUUGAUUCAAAGACAAACAUUAACUGCAUAACCAAAGCAAUAACAGACACCAGAUCUUCAGAUGAAAUCUGUACUAACUUAGAGUGUGCAAAAGAGACAAAUGUCACUCAAACAUACCAUGCAAGAUGUCAUGAACCUCAAAAAAUAUCAUAUAGUAAUUUUACAUUACAAGAAACCGAUGUAAAAGAUUUGGAGUCUUUAACAAAUCCAAUAAACUGCCUAUCACUCAAAGAAAAACACAGUGAUGACAGAGAGAGUUCUGCACAUGCACUGAGUCAGCCUCCUAAACAAACACAUGUCCCAUCAGUAGACGGAAUGGACAUCAUUUUAAACUCCAUGAAAAAACACAAGCAUGACACCCUGCAAGAGCAAGCUUGCAAAGCACAACCGGGUGUGCAUACCUCCAGAAAAACACUUAGUUUAAACCUUUCCAAUGUGCAAGUCACAGAUUUCAGUGCGCAAUCCAACAAACAAGAAUUGCAGUUGCCCACAGCUGUUGUAGAGACUCCAAUAGCAAAAGUGUUUCCUAAAGAUCUACCCACCACAGAUUCACGAACAAACUCACCAGACCCACGAACACCUACACCUGAUACGUGUGAUGGUUACUUCUCACCAAGAGAAGACUCCACUCUCUCUACUACCUCUGAAGAAUACUUUGAAUGUAUUGAAUCUCCUUCACAUGAAUCUGUUAUUGAUGCAAGUAGAUUUCAAAACCAUGGGAUCAUUAGGAAACAUAGCACAACAUCUUUGGAAAGUCCUUUUUCAUUAAGUGUUGGUACCAGUCAGGUAAACCUGGAUAAGAGCUCUAAUCCUGCGGCAUUAGCCAGUGUAAGACAGAGUGCUACUUGCACUGAAUCUAGUACUUCAGCUCGGACUGGUAGAGAUCCUUCUACCCCAGUAGUUGAUACAAAAGUACACAGCAAAGAAUCCAAGGUCAUAGAUAAAAGGAAUAGCAAAGAGGAGGCUAAAAAUGAGGUACAAAGUUGCAACACAAACAAAAAGGAGGAACAAGAAAACCAGAGAGUUGGGAGGACCAACAAUAAGGAGUUGAAUAGAGUUCCUGGGCCUUCAAAACAAGACUUUGAUAUAAAGGAAAUGACCUCAAAACUCAGCACGACCUCUGGGAGACUGCUUGAGGGAGGCAUGACAGAAAUGGAAUCAGUGAAGAAAGAGCCAAAGCGGAUGUCCACUGGUGAACUUAGACCACAACGGGUUUUGUCCGAGGGAAAGAAAGCAUCUGCGAGCAAGGAAAAGCCACUGAACCAGGUUGCACUAACUCCAAGCAAUAUGGAGACAAGAAGGAGGCAGUCUACCAAGGAGACAACAGGACAGAAGCCUCUUCAUCCUUCACCCAAAUCUCAGCCACGUCAGCAGCCCGGCAGCAGAGGUUCUUCCCCUUCCCGACCACUGAGUUCCUCCAGACCUUCCCCUGCCUCCCAAGCUCAGGGGGCCUGUCGUUCGGGGAUACGUGAUCUCAACCAGACAGAAAGCACGUUUCUUCAAAAUAAUCUCAAGGCAUUAACUCUCAAACCACCUCCUCGUAGAUCACAGUCCAGAUCUCCCUCUCCUCUGAAAGCACUUCCUGCUGGGUCAGUACCAGGACGAAAGCAAGUCUCUCAGAGCCAGCCGCGAUUCCCCCCUCGCCAACCUCCUGCAGCACAGAUUCGUUCAAAACCCGACCAACCGCAAAUCCAGACGGCAAAGCCACAGGCCGCCAAUCUCCAUAUGCUCUCCAACCUGCAGCCUCAUGUUUCCCCUCAUGCCUCUGCUCCAAUAAGGUCUGAACAAGCAGUUCAGGAACUGGAGGAAGCAAGGGUUCCCUUUAACUUAUCCUUUGGGAGGUUAUAUAACUUUAAGGGAUUAAAAGACAAAUGGACCAAGCUGCCAGCUCAGAGCAGGAGAAGUAGCACUGGCACACCAGUAAAAGAGCGCAACAGCUCAAGCUAGUGAUGUUCAUGAUUUUUUUGUUACUGAAAUCUUAGACCAGAGGACAGGAGAUUUGUUUAUCAUUUACACUUCUUUUAAAAAAGUAUGUUAAAAUUCCUGUCAAUUUCUAUAUAAGCGUAUUUUAUUUUGUUAAAUUGUUUGGUUUGCACGUGCAAAUUUGGGUUUAUUGAUCUGUUUAUAUUUUGGUGCAUAAAUAAGGUUUAUUAAAUUGUAUGUUUGGAAUAAAAUAGAAAUUGUGCAUUGCUGUAAAGUCCAGUUGUCUUUUCUGACAAUGAAAUGUCUCCAAAAAAAAAAAAAAAACUUUCCUCCUCUGAGCUGUGGUAAGUCGUGCCUUUUCGAUUGUAAACAUCGUGACAGUUUUACACGCUAAAUCCUUGUCUGACUAUGUUUAAAAAAAGUUUUGCAAUAAAAAUUUGAAACAGAACAGAGGAUGUUCUACAAAUGUAUCUGACACAUCAUGGCUUUUGACUACUUUGUAUUCAUUCACAGUGUGUCUUCAGGUCUAUUGAUUUAUUCUUUGUUUACACCAAAACCAUUUACAUUUAAAUGCUUUUGGACAAUGCCUUUGCCCAAAGCCAAGAACAAACUUGGGAGAUGAACACCGUAAUCAGAAACAUUGAAAAGCCUGUUUUGCAAUAAACAAAAAAAGAUUGUAAUAUA